CAUCAUCACUUUCGAUUUCGAGAACUCUCAGAGCUUAAUUCGUCUGAUCAUGGCGUCCGCCGGAAAUUCCACCGUCCCCGCCGUCGAGCGCUUCAAGUACUCCCAGCGAGUGGUGCUGAGGUCCAUCCUGAACCGCCACGAUGGCGGCAAGGAACUCUCCGGCACCCGCGUGGUGACCGGGGGAUGGGUCAAGUCCCGCAAAGAUCGCCCCGAGGUUGCCCACGACCCCUCGGUCGCCGUGCCACUGCAAGCAGAGGACGCAUCUUGCAUCGAAGCUCUCCUGCAGCACCUCCCCCUCCUCCGUCCAUUGGUCCGGAUUCUGCUCGGCCGACUCUCCGUCGCCGCCGCCACAGAGGCCAAGCCCAACGCCGGCCCUGUCACCGCCCUCUUAAGGAUCAACGACGGCUCCACCAGUUCCAAUCUCCAGGUCGUGAUGGAUUCCUCCAUGUCUCUCCCCGGCCAAGUGAUCCACGUCGGAGCUUGCAUCCUCGUGGAAGGCGUGUUGCAGAAUGCUUCAGCACCAAAAGGCCACGCCGUGGAGCUCAAAGCCGAGAGAAUUCUUCACAUCGGUAUCGCCGACUCGCAGCAAUAUCCACUAGCAAAGCCAAAGUUCUCGCUGGAGUUCCUCAGAACUCUUCCUCACCUUCGUCCCCGCUCAGUAACAGUCGGAUCGAUUGCGCGAAUUCGCGGCGCUGUAACUCUCGCGAGCCAUGAAUUCUUCAAGAAGAAUGGAUUCAUACAUGUUCACAUGCCCAUCCUCAAUUCAACAGACACCGGCUACGAGCUAGGCCUCCGCGAAGCUAACCGACUCGACACCGUGAAGUCUGCGAUAAGGGAGAAGAGCAAGAGGAUCAAGGAGAUGCCUCGAUCAGAUAGCAAUGAAGAAACUUUGCUUGUGGCCGAGCAAGACCUCAAGAAGACCAAGGAGCUUGCUGUGUUGCUGGAGAAGAGCCAAAGGGACCUCACGGUGUCGGCCGGACUUCACCUCGAGAGCUAUGCUUGCGCAUUGUCGAGUGUUUACACAAUUGGGCCUGUGUUUCGAGCAGAUGAGCCUCGAGCGAAGAGAUUGACGGAGAUGUGGAUGGUUGAGGUUGAAUUGGCCUUUUCAGAACUAGAGGAUGCCAUGAACUGUGCUGAGGACUAUCUGAAGUUCCUAUGUCAAUCUCUGGUGGAUACCUCGGGCAGGGAUUUGAAGUAUGUAUCGAAAACAAAAGACAAGGAGUGCACAGAGCGAAUUCGAGCAUUAGUUUCAAGCUCUUUCGAGCGCAUUACUUACUCGCAAGCACUGGAAAUUGUCGAUAAGGUUAAGGAUAGGACAUUCCGCGAGAAAGUUUCAUGGGGUGAGAGUCUAUCGGAGGAACACGAAAGGUAUUUGGUAGACGAUAUCUUCAAGAAGGCAGUCAUUGUCUAUGAACAUCCCAAAGAGCUAAAACCAUUUUAUGUGCGCGUAAGAGAUGAUGGAAGAACAACUUCCACUUUCGAUAUAAUUGCGCCUAAAAUCGGAGUUUUGCUCAGAGGAAGCCAAAAGGAAGAACGACUAGAUGUGCUGAACAAGAGAAUUGGGGACCUUGGACUUUCGAGUGAGCGAUUAUACGAUUGGUACAAAGAUUUGCGCAGGUAUGGUUCGGUAAAGCACUCGGGAUUCGGCCUCGACUUAGAGAAGAUGAUGUUGUUUGCCACUGGUCUCACUGAUUUAAGAGAUGUGAUUCCGUUUCCGAGAACUUGUGAUCGCAGCAACGAGUGGUAGAACAUAGAACUGUAAAGGGUUGCAUAUAUACUUAAAUUCUCUAGCUCACUCUUUACUUUGUGACAAAGAUCCAAUUUUAGUAUAUAAACUAGAAAAUCUCUCGCGAGAAACAUACUACUCUCGUCGAAGAAAUGAAACUUGAGCUAAGGGAUCAUCGACCUCAAAUUGACACAUCAACAAAGAGAGGAUAGAAAUUUGAGGCACUAAUCUCACAAGUGGACUUCUUUCGUACAUGUAUAUGAUGAUUUUUACUCUUAUAGAAGAUCUUCUUCUUCUUUUAUAAUAAAAGGUGAUUUACGCUCA